AUGACAGUUGUAAUUAACAUCUACUCUAUAAGGACUUUUGAAGUUGUUCUUCUGUUUCCCUACUUCUGUUUGUCCACCAUUCCUGCUGGUGAAUUUCAGUGUUUCUGUUGUUGUCAGUUAUUAAGAGUCCCAGUGCACAGCCCAAGAUGCUUCCUCUCCAGAAUGGGUCUCUUCUCCAAACCAGGGCUGCUCCCCUGGUAUGCCAGAAAACCUCCAGGUUGGUCACAGCUCUUUCUGGGCUCAGCAUGUAAAGAAAACUUCACCCAGGUGAUAGCCAAGAAACAUCAAAGAGGACAGGAAAGUCAGAAGAAACCAAGACAUCUUGGACCACUAGAUGAUUUCUGGCAGGAAAGGCUGGCUGAUGUUGUGACACCACUCUGGAGGCUGAGCUAUGAAGAACAGCUCAAGGUGAAAUUUGAAGCUCAGAAGAAAAUUUUUCAGAGACUAGAUAAUUACCUUCAAGGGCUUAAUGGAGUCAAUAUGACAACAACUGGACCCAGAUCCAAGGGGCUCUGUUGUUUUCUCCAUCCUAUUAUACCUUCUCCUGUCAUUGAUGGCUACUGAAAUAAGUCCACCUUCUCUGACAAUCCACAGACUGUGGGGUACUACCUGGGAACUUGGAGAGACAGGGACGUAGACUGUGUAUGGUUUAACCAUCUGAAAAACAUCCCUGAGAAACACAAUCAAGUGGCACAGUACUAUGAAGUAUUCCUUUGACAGUCCCCAUUGGAGCCGUGCCUUCUGUUUCAUGAAGGUGGGUACUGGCAUGAGCUCAUAGUCCGCACCAACAGCCAAGGGCACACAAUGGCCAUCAUCAUUUUUCAUUCUCAGGAAUUAAUGCAGGAGGAGCUCUGUGUUCAGAAGGAAGCUGCAAAGGAGUUUUUCACCAAAGGGCCAGGAGCAGUCUGUGACUUAACAUCACUUUACUUCCAGGAUAGCACAAUGACCCAUUGCAGCCAUCAGCAGUCCCCCUACCAGCUCCUCUUUGGGGACCCCUGCAUCUUUGAAGAUCUCCUAGGCUUGAAGAUCUGCAUGUCUCCGGAUGCCUUUUUCCAGGUCAACACUGCUGGUGCAGAGAUGCUGUACUGAACUGUGGGCGAGCUGAGUGGAGUGAACUCUAACACCGUCCUCCUUGACAUCUGCUGUGGAACAGGUGUGAUCGGCCUCUCUCUGGCCCAGUAUACCUACUAGGUCCUUGGGAUUGAGUUGGUGGAGCAGGCGGUAGAGGAUGCCUGGUGGACAGCAGCCUUCAAAGGCACCACCAACUGUGAAUUCCACCCUGGUCAAGCAGAGAAGAUUUUGCCACAGCUACUAAAGUCAAAGGAAGAUGGGCAGUUGAUUGUUGCUGUGGUGAACCCAGCCCGGGUGGGACUGUACUACUAGGUGGUUCAAGCCAUUUGCAACUGUGGGGCCAUCCACACUCUAGUUUUUGUUUCCUGCAAGCCCCAUGGUGAAACCACAAGGAACAUCAUUGAGUUGUGCUGUCCUCCAGACUCCACUAAGAAGCUCCUCGGCAAGACUUUCAUCCUGAGACAAGCUGUGCCUGUGGAUCUGUUCCCCCACACCCUGCACUGUGAACUAGAGCUUCUCUUCACUCCAUAAGCAGCCUCUUACAAGCCUGUCGGCUCUUUGUUAAGGCUGAAGUGUCAGUAACUUCCAGGUUUGCCAUAUUGUGACAUCACAGACCCUGAAAAUAUUACUGAGGAAACCAAUCUUUGGAUCAUGAGCAGGAAGAAUAAGUGGGCCUCCUUCCCAAGGCAGAUUUAUAACCUUAGUUUUCAGGUUCACUGGCUGUCAUGCAUAUUUGCCUGGUUGUGACCAUUCUUUGGCUGUGGAUCUGAACUAUUCCUUCCUUUUGCUGUCAGCUUGUCACGGCUCCCUUGAUCCUAGUUUAUAGCCUGUCUCCUCCAUCUGGUUCUGGGGUGACAAUUGAGCUUUUCUCUGUAUGUGGUCAUAAUUUCACAUUGACUUGGGUAUCUGUAUUUGCCCAGAGAUUUUACUAGAUGUGUUCUGCAUUCAUGAGGUAGCCGUGGAUUAGAAUUAGAAACAAGUCUGCUGCUGCUGCUAAGUUGCGUCAGUUGUGUCCAACGCUGUGCAACCCCAGAGAUGGCAGCCCACCAGGCUCCUCUGUCCCUGGGAUUCUCCAGGCAAGAACACUGGAGUGGGUUGCCAUUUCCUUCUCCAAUGCAUGAAAGUGAAAAGUGAAAGUGAAGUUGCUCAGUCGUGUCUGACUCUUCUCGACCCCGUGGACUGCAGCCUACCAGGCUCCUCCAUCCAUGGGAUUUUCCAGGCAAGAGUACUGGAGUAGGGUGCCAUUGCCUUCUCCAGAAACAAGUCUAGCUUUUUCAAAAAGCAGAGUAAGCUAUGAAGUGAUUGCAGAGUGGCUGUGUGAUCUCAGUAGAGCUUCAUUCCUUUGGGUUUUCUAGGCUAGAACAGCCUUUAAAAGUGUGGUUACCCUUAAGAGCAAUACCCCCAAUUACCUCUCACCUGUGGAAGGAGAGGUGAUUGUAGUAAAGACCCUAUGGGAAAGGAGAACUUCAAAGAAGAAACUGAAUACCUAUAAUUGUGCUGUGUAGUAUGGAGGCAGAAAGUUCCAGAACCCCCUACAGUAUAUACUAUAACAAACUGGAUAUUUCUCUAACAUUCUCUAGUCAUGAUUUCUUCAACUCUGGAGUUGUUCUUGGAUAUGUGCCCAACAAUUUUUUAAAAAUUUUAAUUGAAGUGUAAUUGCUUUACAGAAUUUUGUGGUUUUUUGUCACACAUCAACAAGAAUCAGCCAUAGGUACACCCAUGUUCCCUUCCUCCAAGGCCUCCCUCCCAUCUCCCUCCCUAUCCUACCCUUCAGCCUGUUAAAGCCCCUAUUUGAGUUCCCUGAGUCAUACAGCAAAUUCCCAUUGGCUAUCUAUUUUACAUAGUAUUAGUAUUAAGUGUUCUUGCCUUAAGUAUUAAGUGUUUUUGCAACCCCAUGGACUGUAGCCCACCAGGCUCCUCUGUCCAUGGGAUUCUCUAGGCAAAAAUACUGGAGUGGGUUGCCGUUUCCUCCUCCAGGGGACCUUCCCAACUGUACAUAAAGGAGACUUCAUUGAUGUGCACUAGAGGAUACCCCAGCUUAACCUGUUAUAGAAAUCUGUCUCUUGAGUCUUUAAAUUCUAUACCAAUUCUACGCCUCUGGUUGGCCGAUUGCUUGUUUCUUUAUUUAGGUUUAAAGGUGAAUGACCUGGGGCUAUUUGUUUCCAUCAACCUGAUUGUGAGUCUAAAGGCACAGUUGAAAUGUCUGUUUUUCUUGCUAUCCUUAGAAGAGAUUGCUGCAAAGCUACUCUAUGAUUCUCAUUCUUUUCAGCUUACAAUACAAAUAGCUUAUUAUUUUUUGCAACCUGUGUCUUAUAAUAAAGCAGUGCUGAAAAAUUAAAUAGAAGAAAGUUCAGUUGCCAUAUAUGCUACGAAAAUGAUUUGCUAGUGGUGAUUUUUAAGCUUGAUUCUAAAUAGAUUUAUGAAGAAUGGCACUUGGAAGAUGUGGUUCAAAUUUUGCUAUUUAAGGUAUCUUGAAAUUAUAGGCUCACUCUUCCUAAAAUUUCAAGAAGCAUAGAGCUUAGGCUCUUAAGGGUAUAGCAGUGAUAAAAGCUUUCAUAGUCAUUUCUAAAAAGCAACACUUCAUAGUUUUCUCUCUCCAAUGGUUCUCUAAUAUACCUGUAGAAGGAAGGCAACAGAAAACCAAGAAUAAAAAUAGCGGAGCUCUCCACAGUUGGGCUUCCUGCUUACUUUCCCUGUUCAAAGAAAAGAGGAGACACCAUCUUGCGAUAGAGGCUUCAUAGACAACUGGGCUUCUCCAGUGACAGUCGUCAUUUGAUGCCCCAUAUCUCUUGGUUCUUCUUGUUGCCAAUCGUCGGCCUGGCGAUGGUGGUGAAAUGGGAGCAAUUAAUCUGUAGAUGAGGGAGGGCUUCCUUUAACAGUUGAAGGGUACAGUCUGGCACCAUUCCAAAGACUUGUAGUGUUUUUGAUGUGGUAAUUUCUCCAAGUUCAAGUAAAGUUUCAGGUAUUACAUCAUAGCACCGACUGAGUGAUAGGUGUUGGAGGUAGUUGAGUUGGUAAAAUUCUGGAAAGCAGUCAUUUUUCAGCAUGACACUAUCACUUAAGUCUAGGUGGACAAGAUUGGGACAUCUUCCAACUAAGGUAGAGACAUCUGAUCUCUGCAGAUUCUUUUGGUACCCACUGAGAUUUAGCUGGGUGAUGGUCUCUGACACAUGUGCAACAGCCACCUGUACAUGCUUUUCAGUGAAAUCAUAGCACCAAGAAAGGUUCAGUUCAUCCAAUCUGGAACAGCUGCUCAGCAAAGUCUUCAGGGCAGAUUCAGAGAAUCCAGAACACCCAGAAAGGUUUAGUCGCAGUAAAUUUGUGUUCAGAGCAAGAUUAUCGACAAUGGGAUCUGAAAGUUGGAGGCCUUCCAGGCUGAGAUUCUGCAACUUGGAGCAGUGAGACAGAAGACUGUGCAGGGUAGACACAGUUUGACAGCUUCAGGUGCUGUAGAUGAAAAGGGCUGAAAUGUUCAAUUAACGGUUGGUCCAUAAAGGACCAUAAAUGACAGCAGAAGGCAACCACCCCUCGGGACAAGAGCCGACCAACCACGUCUGGGUAGAUGUUUCUGCCUGCGAGGUCUACAGUCUGCCAGAGAGACUCAUCAAAUGCUAGAUGAUACCAUCUCUUACAAACACUGGAAACUUUCAGGAGUUCAGGGAGGCACAGACAGGAAAAGAUUCCUAAGAGCAGCUCGUCUGGAAGGGAGUCCCAAGAAACACCUGAAGAAACAUUUUACACCCCAAGAAGCAUUUUACAUAUGGUACUGUAAAUUUCUAUGUUACUUUCUCCAUACAUCUCCCCUUCUUCCUCCUCUCCUCCCCCCAUGUCCAUAGAUCUGUUCUCUAUGUCUGUUCCUCCAUUGCUGCCCUGAGAAUAAAUUCACUAGUGCUAUUGCUUUAGAUUCCAUAUAUAUGUGUCAGUAUAUAGUAUUUAUAUUUCUGUUUCUGACUUACUUCACUCUGUAUAAAAGGCUCUAGGUUCCUCCACCUCAUUGGAACUGGUUCAAAUGCAUUCCUUUUUAUGGCUGAGUAGUAUUCCAUUGUAUAUAUGUACCACUGCUUCUUUAUCCAUUCAUCUGUUGAUGGACAUCUAGGUUGUUUCCGUGUUCUAGCUAUUGUAAAUAGUGCUGUAGUGAACAUUGGGAUACAUGUGUCUUUUUCAAUUUUGGUUUCCUCAGGUUAUAUGCCUCAGAGUGGGAUUGCUGGAUCAUAUGGUGGUUUUAUUCCUAACUUUUUAAGGAAUCUCCAUACUGUCUUCCAUAGUGGCUGUAUCAAUUUACAUUCCUACCAGCAAUGCAAGAGUGUUCCCUUUUCUCCACACCCUCUCCAGCAUUUAUUGUUUGUAGACUUUUUGAUGGUGGCCAUUCUGACUGAUGUGAGGUGGUAUCUCAUGGUAGUUUUGAUUUGCAUUUCUCUAAUAAUGAGUGAUGUUGAGCAUCUUUUCAUGUGCUUGUUAGCCAUCUGUAUGUCUUCUUGGGAGAAAUGUCUUUUCAUGUUCCUUUCCCACUUUUUGAUUGGGUUGCUUGCUUUUCUGGCAUUGAGUUGUAUGAGCUGCUUGUAUAUUUUGGAAAUGAAUCCUUUGUCAGUUGUUUCAUUUGCUAUUAUUUUAUCCCAUUCUAAGGGUUGUCUUUUCACCUUGUUUGUAGUUUCCUUUGCUAUGCAAAAGCUUUUAAGUUUAAUUAGGUCCCACUUGUUUAUUUUUGUUUUUAUUCCCAUUACUCUAGGAGGCAGGUCAUAGAAGAUCUUGCUUUUAUUUCUGUCAUCGAGUGGUCUGCCUAUAUUCUCCUGUAAGAGUUUUAAUAGUUUCUGGUCUUACAUUUAGGUCUUUAAUCCAUUUUGAAUUUAUCUUUGUGUAUGGUGUUAGGUAGUGAUCUAAUUUCAUUCUUUUGCACGUGGCUGUACAGUUUUCCCAGCACCACUUAUUGAAGAGGCUGUCUUUGCCACAUUGUAUAUUCUUACCUCCUUUGUCAAAAAUCAGGUACCCAUAGGUGCGUGGGUUUAUCUCUGGGUUCUCUAUCUUGUUCCAUUGGUAUAUAUUUCUGUUUUUGUGCCAGUACCGUACUGUCUUGAUGACUGUAGCCUUGUGGUAUAACCUGAAGUCCAGCUCCAUUCUUCUUUCUCAAGACUGCUUUGGCUAUUCGGCGUCUUUUGUGUUUCCAUAUGAAUUGUGAAAUUUUUUGUUCUAGUUCUGUUAAAAAUGCCAUUGGUAAUUUGAUAGGAUUCACAUUGAAUUUGCAGAUUGCAUUUGGUAGUUUAGUCAUUUUCACAAUAUUGUUUCUUCCUACCCAGGAACAUGGAGUAUCUCUCCAUCUGUUUAUGUCGUUUUUUAUUUCUUUGAUUGGUGUCUUAUAGUUUUCCAUAUACAGGUCUUUUGUCUCCUUAGGUAGAUUUAUUCCUAGAUAUUUAAUUCUUUUUGUUGCAAUGGUGAAUGGGAUUGAUUCCUUAAUUUCUCUGAGUUUUCAUUGUUAGUAUAUAGGAGUGCAAGUGAUUUCUGUGUAUUAACCUUGUAUCCCAUGACUUUGCUAUAUUCACUGAUUAGCUCUAGUAAUUUUCUGAUAGUCUCUUUUGUGUUUUCUAUGUAUAGUAUCAUGUCAUCUGCAAACGGUGAGUUUUACUUCUUCUUUUCCAAUCUGGAUUCCCUUUAUUUCUUUUUCUUCUCUAACUGCCAUAGCUAGAACUUCCAAAACUAUGUUGACUAAUAGUGGUGAGAGUGGACACCCUGGUCUUGUCCCUGAUCUUGGAGGGAAUGCUUUUAGUUUUUCAUCAUUGAGAAUAAUAUUUGUGGGCUUUUCGUGUAUGACCUUUACUAUGUUGAGGUAGGUUCAUUUUAUGCCCAUUUUUUGAAGCAUUUUUAUCAUAAAGGAUGCUGAAUUUUGUCAAAGUCUCUUUCUGCAUCUAUUGAGAUGAUCAUAUGGUUUUUAUCUUUCUGUUUGUUAAUAUGGUAUAUCACAUUGAUUGAUUUGUGUAUAUUGAAGAAUCCUUGCAUCCCUGGAAUAAACCCGACUUGAUCAUGAUGUAUGAGCUUUUUAAUGUGCUGUUGAAUUCUGUUUGCUAGAAUUUUGUCGAGGAGUUUUGCAUCUAUGUUCAUCAGUGAUAUUGGCCUGUAAUUUUCUUUUUUCAUGUUGUCUUUGCCUGGUUUUGGUAUCAGGGUGUUUGUGGCCUCGUAGAAUGAGUUUGGAAGUGUUCCUUUCUCUGCAAUUUUUUGGAAGAGUUUCAGAAAAAUAGGCAAAUUAUGUUUUGAAUCUUAGUAGCCUAAUUUAAUUAAAUUUAAUAAUUUAAAAAUAGUUAAAUUAUGUUUUGAAUCUUAACAGCCUAAGGACUUGUAACUUAGCAAGCACUGUCUGAUUUACAAAGUGAUAUCAGGUCACCUAGUGUUUCUAAUUCUUGUCAACCGUAAAUACCUCUAGAGAAGCCUCUUUGUCAGAAAAAUACGGCUUUUAAAGCUGCUGUAUGAAAAGAAAAAGCGAAAGUCAUUCAGUUGUGUCCGACUCUUUGCGACCCCAUGGACUAUACAGUCCAUGGAAUUCUCCAGGCCAGAAUACUGGAGUGGGUAGCCUUUCCCUUCUCCAGGGGAUCUUCCCAACCCAGGGAUCAAACCCAGGUCUCCUGCAUUGCAGGUGGGUUCUUUAACAAGUUGAGCCACAAGGGAAGCCCCAUUGUAUGAAUAUCCAUAUAAAAAUAUUAGAAGGAAAUAGUCUCAAAUGAUAAAGAGUGUUGAUUAAUGGUAGUCAAAUAAGUUUUAUUUCCAUUUCCCUAUUUUUCAUUUUAUGAAAAUAAUAUAUGUUUAUAUAUUAUAGACAUAUGUUUCCAGUUCCCCAUUUUUAUUUUAUGUAAAUAAUAUUAGUAUAUUAUUUUUAUAAUGGAAAAAUUUUAAUAUAAAGCAUAAAUGUAAAAUGACUUAUUUUCUCCUCCUUUGUUCCCUAUCUACUAAAUGUAAACUGGAAGUCAGAGUUAUCUUUCUCAUUCUCAUAUUCAACUGCCUACAAGGUAGAUUCUUCUUGGAUAUCUUCUAGGUACUCUGAACUCAAAGUAUCUAAUUUAUGUACUUUACAUCUUUCCUCCAAACCUGUUCUUGCUUCUGUAUUUUCAAUCUUGAUGAAUAUAACAAUCUACUCAGUCACUCAAGCUAGAAGCCUGGGAAUUACAUCUGAGUCCUUUUCCUACACCCUCUGCCCACAUGCAGCAGAUCACCAAGUCUCCAUCCUGCAGGUUACAUCAUCUUGGACCAGGUUAUUAUUGAAACGGCCAUCUUCCCAACUUGUGCAGCUGUAUUCAUGCUUGCCCCCAUCCAUUCCAUUCUCUGUAGCCAGAGUGAGUUUUCUAAAAUGCCAUUCUCAUUGUUUCUCCAGUGCUUGAAAUCUGUCUGUCAUGGGCUUCUUGUUUUUAAAAUAAAGUCCUAAAUAAAAUAAAGACCCUUCUUCAUAGAGCCUCACGGCCCUUUCAUCAUCUGGGUAGCCUCAUUUUUCUAUAUACAUUGAGUUCCUUUCCUUGAAAAAGACAAAUUUCUUUCAUUCUGGUCCUUUCUACAUUCUGUUUCCUCAGCAUGGAAUGUGCUUUUUUCUUUUGGCUAACUCAUUUUUCUAUUUUUAACUUAGCUAUUCCCUGAGGAAUAUCUACUGAAUAAAUAUAGGAUUAGUUGUAGAUAAUCAGCUUCGUGGUAACUGUUGUUAGUGUACAUUGUGUAAGUAAUAUGAUUUUAGAAUUUGUACUUUCAUCAUUUUUAUAAUGGAAACUUUUAAACAUACAGGAAAGUUGAAAGAAUAAGUAUUGGGUUGGCCAAAAAGUUUGUUUGGGUUUUUCUGGAAUAUCUUAUGAAAAAACCUGGAUGAACUUUUUGGCCAAGCCUGGUGUGCUGUAGUCCAUGGGGUCGCAAAGAGACACGACUGAGUGACUGAACUGAUCUGAAUACAAUGAAUGGCAGUAUACCCACCUCCAGGAUUCAACAAAUAUUAGCAUUUUCCUAAGAUAAGGAGCUUGCACCAGAGUGUGUAUCAAUACGUGCACUACAUCCUUCAUUGAGGAAGUUUCAUUUCCAGAAAUAUGUCAGGCAGAUUAAAUCCUGUACUUUAUGACAUGGUUCAUUUACAUCUCUGGGCUGCCUGAGUAGUACUGCUCUAUAUUCAGAUUUCCCCAGCUGUCCCCCGAAUGUCUUUUAUGGUCGGUUCACAUGUUGCAUUUGAGUAUGGUCUCUCUUUAGUGUCUUUUAAUAUAAAACAGUUUGCUCACUUUUUGUUAAUGGCAUGGACUUUUAGAGACCAGGUCUACCCCACUUAUGAAUCUGUCUGAUUGUAGUGUGUGUGCCUAACUGUCCUGGUUUGCCUAGGAUUCUCCUGGUUUAACACUGACCCUAACAUCCUGGAGAGUCCUCAGUCCUGGGCAAACCAGGAUGGUUUGUUUUCUUAAGAUUGUCUUUAGCUUUCCCUUCCAGCCCCCGAGUUUCCUAUAAACUGGAAAUUAUUGGGUUUAGAGGCUUGAUUAGAUCCAGUUUUUUUUAAAUUUAUUUUUAAAUGGAGGAUAAUUGCUUUACAAUGUUGUGUUUACAAUGUUUCUGCUGUGCAACAACGUAAAUCAGUCAUAAUUAUAUAUAUAUAUCCCCUCCCUAAUGAAUCUCCCUCCCCCUUCCCAUCCCACCCCUCAAGGUUGUGACAGAGUGCCAGUCUGGGCUCUCUUUGUUUUAUAGUAGCUUCCCAUUAACUAUUUUACACCUGAUAGUGUGUAUAUGUCAAUUCUAGCUUCUCAAUUCAUCCUACCCUCUCCUUCCCCUACUGUGUUCACAAGUCUGUUUUCUACAUUUGCGUUGCUAUUCCUUCCCUGCAAAUAGAUUCAUCAGUAUCAUUUUCCUAGAUUCCAUAUAUAUGCAUUAAUAUCUCAGCUGGUAAAGAAUCUGCCUACAAUGCAGGACAUCCCGGUUCGGUUCCUGGGUCAGGAAGAUCCCCUGAGAAGGGAUAGGCUACCAACUCUAGUAUUCUUGGGCUUCCCUGGUGGCUCAAACAGUAAAGAAUCUGAUUGCAAUGCAAGGGAUCUGGGUUUGAUUCCUGGGUCGGGAAGAUCCCCUGGAGGAGGGCAUGACAACCCACUCCAGUAUUCUUGCCUGGAGAGAAUCCCCAUGGACAGAGGAGACUGGUGGGCUACAGUCCAUGGUGUCACAAAGAGUCGGACACAACUGAGUGACUAAGCACAGCACAUGAUAUUUGUUUUUCCCUUUCUGACUUAGUUCACUCCAUAUAACAGGAUCUAGGUUUAUCUACCUCACUAGAUUCAAUUUUGAUAAGAAUGCUUCAUAAAUAUUCUGCAUACUUCAUGUAGCAUCCCAUUAAGAGGUACACAUUGGCAAUUGUCCACUCAUAGUAAAGAUGGUGGUUAAGGUCGUGGCCCUCAGAACUCUCCAUGUAAUUUUAAUUUUCUCCUCCUAAUUAACAAUAAAUCUGGCCUUACUUUGGUACCUUGUGACUGUCCUGUUCCUCAGUUACCUCUCACCUUAAAAUUCAGCAUCCAUCAGUUACUGUUUCCUGACUCAGUAAUUUUUUCUUCUAAUUUUUAAAAUGUAUUUCCUGAUUUUGUGAUUUAAUUGGGGUUGCAGAAUGGUGAUUUUCUAAUUCUGUCAUCCGGUCUACAUUUGUUAGCUGGCAUUCUUCUGUAAAGAUGAGCUUUUACUUAUCCGUAGGAUAUGACCCAAAAGGGCCAGGUAAAAGCCAGAUUCUUUCCCCUCAAAUACCAAUUUUCAGAGCAAGUUGAUAUAAUAGUUACUUUCAAUAGUGGAGAGGUAGAUUUAUUUAUUUUUUUGGAUAUCACUCAAUUCAGUGUUACUUAAAUUUAAUGUUUUCCAUCCAGUUCCAUCAUUUUCUUUGUAAUGCUCAAAUUUUCUCCGGUUUUGCCAAUAGGAGUCCCUUUAGUCCUUUAGACAUGCUUCCAUGAGUCUUUGAUCACUAACUUAGAUUCUGACAGAAGAUUCCUGGGUUCGUCAUACAUUUCUCUGCUUUAGUUCUGAAAUCAGCCAUUUCCAAGGAGCCCUGAUCCCUUUUAUUAGAGAAUGGUAUUUAGAAACCAAGAUCUGGAUGCUGGAUGUUAGAAGCAAAAUCUAAUAGUACUGUAUUCCAGUCUGUGAGCUGCAAAACAUAACUGUAAUGACCAACUAUCCUGAUUUACUUUGAAUCAGGGACUUUCAGUGCUAAAACCAGGAGCAUCCUAGGCAAACCAGGACAAGUUGGUCACCCUAAAUUGGUCACGUUGAUUUUUAUUAUUAUUUUUUCUUGAAGUAUAGUUGAUUUACAGUUCACAUAGUUAAUACCUAGUAAUGAUUAAGGGAGAAUAGUAGAAAUUGGGGUUUGUGGACCAGUAGUAGCUAACGUACCUCUAAAUUCUCAGGAAAUUCAAGGGUUUAUACUAAAUGAUCUUUUGCAACUGUAAAAUAUCUAGGUCUAGGAUAACAAACUUCAGUGCACAUUAGUAUCACCUUUAAAAAUACUGAUCGCUGGACCUCAGGUAUUCCAGUUUAAUUGGUUUAGGGAAGGGCUCAGGCAUCUGUAUUUUUAAAAUGCAACCCCCACCCCACCGGUAAUUCUUAUGUGCAGCAAAGGCUGAGAACCAGUGGUCCAUGUGGGGCUCUGCCUUUCAAGGUGUGGUCCCUAGACCAACAGCAUUGGCAUCAUCUAGGAGCUUGUUUGAAAUGCAGACUUCCAGGUUCCACCCUAACUGGAUUAGAGCCUCAGGGUGAGACCCAGCUUUUUGUGUUUUACUGAAUGUGUGUGUUGUAAUGUACACUCAAGUUUGAGAACCACUGCUUUAGAAUGACAGUUCGCAACCUUGGUUGUGUCAACGGAAAUAAAAACGUACAACCUGC